GCAUCUCCUUCCCAUUCUCCGCGAUAUUCAGUCCUCCCCCGCGCCGAUGCCUCCUCGUGAGACAAUGAUACGCUUCCGGCCUUCCCUUGCCGCGCUUAUGCAGCCGAACGAGUGCUAAUUUUGAGUCCGGCAGCCGUCCAGCACGUUGCAUCGGCACCGAAAAAAUUGCUAGAUAUAAAAGAGCCAGCUGCGCAUGUACUGGCCAUCUCAUCUUUUCUGCCAGAGGCGUUAGCUGAUACAGGACUCGUUCCAUUACAUUCUUUCCUUUCCCUUCCGGUCUGCGACUUUCAUUCUCUUGACCUGGUGUCAAACUUCACCGCUCUCUGGUAGAAUUAGAAAGUGUCACAUCAUCCCCGCUAACUGUUUACGACUGCACGGUCAUACGUCAUGAAGUUCUCCGCUAUCGCUGUUGCCUCCGUUCUAUUCACUUCUGUCGCCCACGCUCUGCCGUGGUACGUGCCCCGCGAUAGCAGCUUCCUCCUCGCAAAUGGCGAGGAGGCCAUUGCUCAAAACGCACAAUUCGCAACCCUCACUGUGAACUCCUCGUGUACGAGUGGCACCGAUGCCUGUGUCAACAGCGAAUUUGCUCAGUGUGUCAACGGCGCAUACCUCCUCACAUCAUGCGGAUCUGGCUUGAUUUGUGCCGCACUGCCCUUGGUCAACAGCGCAGGCACGAGUAUUACUUGUACGACUGAGGCCGAUCUUGAGGGACGUAUUGCGGCGACUGGCGCGACAUCGGCAUCCAACUCGACUUCAUCCAGUAUCGCAGCAUCCUCUAGCGUAGCUGUUACGACUGUGUCUGCCACUGCCUCGGCUACCGCAUCGGCUGCGGCUGCAUCCAGCACUUCCGAGAGCUCAGAUGCACAGUCAUCUCUGACGCUCCUCGACUCGCUAGUUAACACGGGCUUCAACGAUGACGGUACAAACGAGUUCAGCCCCGAGGCCGGCGAGAUCGCCUCUGCCACUUCCACCAACAAUUUCAUCAACUUCUGCGCCACCGUCAGCGUUCCACUCACGAAUGGCACGCAGGUCAAGAACGGCUCUUGCAACGCUGCACCCAUGGGCAUGAUCGCGUCUACAAGCAACAUGCCAUCUGCCAAGUUCGUCUCGCCGGCGAACCUCGACACGAUCGCCGCGAACUCGACGUUCAACGUCACGCUCGCCAUCGAGCGGCUGCAGACCGGGCACUUUGUGAACCCCGAUACGAAUUUCUUCGCCGCGCCGCAGACGGUGAACACCACGACCGGCGACAUCCUCGGCCACUCGCACGUCGUGAUCGAGCAGCUGACGGCGCUGAACCAGACGACGCCGACGGACCCCGGGACAUUCGCGUUCUUCAAGGGCCUGAACAGCGUUGCGGUGAAUGGACAGCUGACUGUGGAGGUCACCGGUGGCCUGCCAGCAGGAGUCUACAGGAUGGCCUCGAUCAAUGCCGCUGCGAAUCACCAGCCUGUGCUUGUGGCCGUAGCCCAACACGGUUCCCUCGAUGAUAUGGUCUACUUCACGGUGCAAUGAACGUCCCACGAUCUUGA